AUGAACCAAGGCACGUGUAAGUUGACGCAAUUGUUGAGCUGGUGGGAGAAGGGAGUAUGGGAUAGGGAGAAAAGGGGGGAGAGGGCGGGGGAGGGAGGGGGAGCGGGGAGGGGAGGGGGAGGGGGAGGAAGGGGGGAGGUGAAGGGAGGAGAAGGGAAAAAUGGCACCCAGCCAUCCACCCAUCCACCCAUCCACCCCAUUCACCCACCCCAUUCACCCACCCCAUCCACCCACCCCAUCCACCCACCCCAUUCACCCACCCCAUCCACCCACCCCAUCCACCCACCCCAUCCACCCACCCCAUCCACCCACCCCAUCCACCCACCCACCCCAUCCACCCACCCCAUUCACCCACCCCAUUCACCCACCCCAUCCACCCACCCCAUCCACCCACCCCAUCCACCCACCCCAUUCACCCACCCCAUCCACCCACCCCAUCCACCCACCCCAUUCACCCACCCCAUCCACCCACCCACCCCAUCCACCCACCCCAUUCACCCACCCCAUCCACCCGCCCCAUCCACCCGCCCCAUUCACCCACCCCAUCCACCCACCCCAUCCACCCACCCACCCCAUCCACCCACCCAAUUCACCCACCCCAUCCACCCACCCCAUCCACCCACCCCAUCCACCCACCCCAUUCACCCACCCCAUCCACCCACCCCAUCCACCCACCCACCCAAUUCACCCACCCCAUCCACCCACCCCAUCCACCCACCCCAUUCACCCACCCCAUCCACCCACCCCAUCCACCCACCCCAUCCACCCACCCCAUCCACCCACCCCAUCCACCCACCCCAUCCACCUACCCACCCCAUCCACCCACCCCAUUCACCCACCCCAUUCACCCACCCCAUCCACCCACCCCAUCCACCCACCCCAUCCACCCACCCCAUCCACCCACCUCACCCACCCCAUUCACCCACCCCAUCCACCCACCCCAUCCACCCACCCCAUCCACCCACCCCAUCCACCCACCCCAUUCACCCACCCCAUCCACCCACCCCGUCCACCCACCCCAUUCACCCACCCCAUCCACCCGCCCCAUCCACCCACCCCAUUCACCCAUCCACCCACCCCACCCACCCACCCCAUCCACCCACCCCAUUCACCCACCCCAUCCACCCGCCCCAUCCACCCACCCCAUCCACCCACCCCAUCCACCCACCCCAUCCACCCACCCCAUCCACCCACCCCAUUCACCCACCCCAUCCACCCACCCCAUCCACCCACCCCAUCCACCCACCCCAUCCACCCACCCCAUCCACCCACCCCAUCCACCCACCCCAUUCACCCACCCCAUUCACCCACCCCAUCCACCCACCCCAUCCACCCACCCCAUCCACCCACCUCACCCACCCCAUUCACCCACCCCAUCCACCCACCCCAUCCACCCACCCCAUCCACCCACCCCAUUCACCCACCCCAUCCACCCACCCCAUCCACCCACCCCAUUCACCCACCCCAUCCACCCGCCCCAUCCACCCACCCCAUUCACCCACCCCAUCCACCCACCCCAUUCACCCACCCCAUCCACCCACCCACCCCAUCCACCCACCCCAUUCACCCACCCCAUCCACCCGCCCCAUCCACCCACCCCAUUCACCCACCCCAUCCACCCACCCCAUCCACCCACCCACCCCAUCCACCCACCCCAUUCACCCACCCCAUUCACCCACCCCAUCCACCCACCCCAUCCACCCACCCCAUCCACCCACCCCAUCCACCCACCCCAUCCACCUACCCCAUUCACCCACCCCAUUCACCCACCCCAUCCACCCACCCCAUCCACCCACCCCAUCCACCCACCUCACCCACCCCAUUCACCCACCCCAUCCACCCACCCCAUCCACCCACCCCAUCCACCCACCCCAUUCACCCACCCCAUCCACCCACCCACCCCAUCCACCCACCCCAUUCACCCACCCCAUCCACCCACCCCAUCCACCCACCCACCCCAUCCACCCACCCCAUUCACCCACCCCAUCCACCCACCCCAUCCACCCACCCCAUUCACCCACCCCAUCCACCCACCCCAUCCACCCACCCACCCCAUUCACCCACCCCAUUCACCCACCCCAUUCACCCACCCCAUUCACCCACCCCAUUCACCCACCCCAUUCACCCACCCCAUUCACCCACCCCAUUCACCCACCCCAUUCACCCACCCCAUUCACCCACCCCAUUCACCCACCCCAUUCACCCACCCCAUUCACCCACCCCAUUCACCCACCCCAUCCACCCAUCCACCCAUCCAUCCACCCACCCACCCCAUUCACCAUGCAUGGGGCUGCGCGGGAUCUAUUUUUGAGGCGCCUCAAAAAUCUUGGCAUCACUUGCCGGCUCUGCUGCCUCCUUGCCUCGCCUCAGCUAGUCUUCCUUCCUCAAUCCCAGCGCCAGGUGCAGAGCUCUCCUUCUCGUUUUGAGACGUCUCAAAACGAUAUAGUAGUGCUGAGCUCCUCAGGUGCAGAGCUCCUCAGGUGCAGAGCUCUCCUUCUCGCUUGCUGUAAGUCCACUCCACGCCACCCACCACCUCUUCCAUCUCCACCACCUCCUGCCGGAGGUGGAAAGGGAGGAGAGGAGACGGGGGAGAAGGGGGAAUGGGGGAGUGGAGUGGAGGGGGGCAGAUUGGAAGGUAGAGGCGCGAGCCGGAAAGAGUAG